UUCUGGUUCACUGGUUAAGACCUCCCCCGUCUGGCCGAGCGAGGCAGCUUUCACAAUCCGUCCGACCUAAGCGAGAAAAACAAAAACCCAACCACGACCAGUGGCAGUCACAAUGAGAAAGAAAAUUGACUACACAGUUUUCGCAAACUGAAGCCCAAGUCGAAUUCAGCCGACCAUUAUCACCAAACGCCACCAUUAAAAUGGAAGUUCCAAACGCGCAGGAUGGCAAGCUUAAAAGCUUGCUGGACAGCAUGGAUGAGGAUGAGGUGUUGUUGAUGGCGACGGCUUUCCACAUCGACGAAAAUCCCGGCGCGCAGACGAUUAGAGACCAAAUAAAACAAAGGCUGGACAGCAUUGACGGGGGAGGCACCCUCCAUCACGGUCCCGGUCUGCGAACGCUUCGUGGCGCGGAGAGAGCCGUCUUUGCCUUCAUGGAUGACAACACGCUGCGCAAGCUUGCGACCAGCGCUGAUUGUAGCUCUGGGUCGCUCUUGACGGCACACGGAGCCUGGUGUGCUCUUCAUGAGCGCACCGGGGCAGAAUGCGACCUUGACAAGGCCAUCCAAGCAGUCGAGCGCCUCUCGUCGAAGCCGGCAACAGGCGAGGGCCUGAGAGUCUUGCAGGUGAAGUGCAGUAGUUGGGCAGCGGUUUUGUUCCAUCAGGAAUCCAAAAGACGACCGCUGCUCGCACAAACCGGCGCCAGAGCGAUGGAAAGCCAGGUCUACCUGGACCGCGCCAAGCAUCUGAUGCAGAUGGCCAUCCAAAGCACGCCCGAUGACGGUGGCGAUAUCCUUGGUCGCCCCAUACGGCGCCUCACAAGAUUUGUGAUGGUAGUUGAAGUUACCACACAUUUAGCUCAGCUGCUCAGGCUUAUAUGCCUCGAGAAAGGGGUAGUUAUCUCAAUGAAGGGGAGCAACAUCACGUACUUACCCCCUUCGGGUGACAUCCGACUCGAUCGAAUUCGGGCCUUUAUCCAGCUGGGUGUCCAUGGAAUGCCUGGUGGCGAGAAGUAUGCCAACUUUAUGUUGGCUUGCGCCGACAAGAUGUACCAUCUGACCGGCCCAGGUUCUCCAUGGAUACCUCAGUUGCGAGCGUCAAUCAUGAUCCGCCUGGAAGGUUUGAUUGUUGUUGCCGAGGAAACCGGCGUGGUAGACGAAAACACGCCCGCAUUCAACAGGGAACUAAUAGCCGGCUUGGACGAGUCGAAUGUGCUGAGGUUUCUCGCGCAAUCAUCCCUGCGGAACUUCAUGAGACGGCAGCUCCCAACUGAUACCAAAAUAACGGAAGCUAUUAAGGCGGCACAGGACGUAGUUUCAGCCACGUCUGUGCCGCUCUUUGUGGAGUUGAAGCCUUACGCGUUAUUGUCUUUGGGACAGAUGAUAGAUUACCUUUGCACAAUCCUCCAUGAACUAGAACGAGAAGACAGGAUCGACUAUGGCAUCAAGUGCCUCGAGGAGGCCCUCCAAAACUUGGAGCUACCCGGCUUCCGGCGGUGGUGCCUCAGAUCUCUUGGGUCGCUGCAUCUUGCCAAGUACAAGGUGACAGGGAACAUCUCCGAUGUACGCGCAUCUGUGGCCAAACUGGAGACCGCUUUGGGUUCAGCUUCCGAUCGAGGUGUGGAGGCCGACCGAGAGCGGGCCAAAUGCCUUCAUGACCUGUCUGAAUCUCUGGGUUAUAUGAGCGCAGAGUGCUGGCGAGGUGCACUGACAUGGGAAGAGUCUUUGGAAAUUAUGCAGCGGCGUGUGGCCCUGGGAAAGAAGGGGAUGGCACUUCUGCCCGCCGACGACCCGGAGCGCCUGCUGCACGCAGCGACUCUCGCCCACGCGUACGGAAACGUACUCCUCUACACUGGUGACCGGAACGCUCUAGACAAGGGUAUCGAGAUCUGCGACAGCCUGUCACACCUGGUAGAGGGAGCGAGCUCGCAAGCCAAGUCCAGACACUGGAUGACUCACAGUACUCUUCUCAUGCUGCGCUACCAUCAUACCGGGCUCGCGCAAGAUCUUCCCAUCGCAGCCAUCGCUGCUUGGAAAGCAUUCCGAGCUAUCCCUCGAGAUGAUAUCCUAUAUCCCACCGCGCUGGAGCGCCUGUGCGAAACACUGGUGUACGGGCCCCAAGCUACCGCUGACGGACGAUAUGCCCCGUGCCGACAGGAUAUGGACGAGCUGCUUGAGGCUGCCGAGGAGCUUGUUAAUCGGGUCCCGGCCAAAACCCUCAAAAAAAGCCACUAUCUAAACAUACUGGUCCAGGCGCUGCUGGUCCGUACGGAUUUUUUACCGCUUGAUGAGCAGAAAGACCAGCUCGACCGCGCCCUUCACUUAGUCGAGGAAGCGACGGAACUUGCUGCACAGGAUGGCCUCUACACUCUGAAGAACUUGGAUAGCCUUCAAAGACUGCACAUGAAGAUGGCGGUGGUCCCCGGGUCCUCCCCUGCUGCACACAUGGGGCACGCCCUGUCGGCGAUGCAGGCUAUAUACCGACAGGGGUCCGGCACGCCUUCAGAGGCCCGGAUACUAGAUGUCAUUGGCAACCUCAACUGGGCGAAUUCCGUGAUUCCUCGCAGCAAGGCCCACCCGGGCGCGGACAUCGACAUCCACCCGGACGUGGCCCACCUGGACGCGGCCAUCGACGCCUGGGAGCGUUCCUCGCGAUGUAGCAACCCGAGCAAGCCGGCAGUGAGAGUCGAAACGGCGCUGAAAGCGGCCAAGCUACUAGUGGGCUACAAGCACGACUAUCCGCGCGCCGACACCCUGCUCCGAGCCAGCAUCUCGCAGCUGCACCUUGUCAACCAGCGCUCUUUGCACCAAACCGAUCAUCAGCGCGGUGUACGUAAGCUGGUAGCUCUGGGCACCUUGGCCGCGGCCACGGCGCUCCAGCUCGGCGCCGACGCCGGCGAAGCUUUGGCUUUGCUGGAGGAGGGACGCGGCCACAUCCUCGGGCUCCUGUUUGACGCCCGUUUAGACGUGAGCGCCCUCCGUGCCCACUCGGAACACGCCGCCGCGGCUGCCGACGAGUAUGAACGCUUGCGCGAAGAGCUGGACAUGUCGUUUCUGGGUGUUGGCAGUACUUCUGCCGAGUUCCCUGAGUUGUUUGGGAACGGCGGUGCCGCCACGGCACCCACCAGCUCUUUUUUCGAACCGACCCGGCGGGAGAAGCUCGCAGAUGAGCUGAACGCUUCGAUCAAAAGGAUCCAAAGCAUCGAAGGCUUUCAAGGGUUCAUGCGGGCCCCGCUGGUUUCCGAAUUAAAGCAGGCGGCCGCGAAGGGGGCUAUCGUGGUCUUAAACGUAUGCGCUUUCCGGUGCGACGCUUUUUUCGUUCGCCAUAACUACGAUGUCGCAACAGAGCCAUUACCAGGCCUCGAACUGGCUGAUAUUAUGCGGUGGAGCAACGCGAUUAAAACCAAGUCGAUCACAGAGGCCCAGAUGUUCGAGCUGCUGGCAUGGAUUUGGGACCUGAUAGCGGUGCCAAUGCUUAGAAGGCUUGACGAGACUGGGUGGGAAAGGUCAGCCGAGGACAAGCCGGAGAGCAUGCCACGCAUAUGGUGGAUUCCUACAGGGCCGCUGGACUCGCUGCCGAUCCAUGCCGCGGGUCGCUACGAGCAAGGAGACCCUGCGUUUAAUACAUUAUUAGCUCGCGUCCUGUCAUCGUACACCCCAUCCAUCAAGGCACUUUUGUUCGCACAGCGCAACCGUCUGUGCGUCUCACCGCGAUAUGCCGACAGGAAGGGGAAGCAGGUCGCGAGCAGAGAAGACCAAGUCCAGGAAAGCCCGCCGCCGCCCAAAGCUCUCGUCAUCUGCAUGGAAAACACAGACGGUCAGUCCACGCUUGGUGCCGCCAAGAGGGAGGCUACGGAAGUGCGCGACUUGCUGCUCUCAACCACCAUCGCCGCCAGCACCACCACCACAACUGCAGCCCCCAAAAUUACCGUCCCUGAGAUUCUCUUUGAGCCUAACAAGGCCGAGGUACUGGACGUGCUGGGCGACGCCAGUCUGCUGCAUUUUGCCGGCCACGGUCGAUCCAACCCGGCCCAUCCGCUGCAAAGCGCGCUGCUGCUGCGCGACUGGGAGGAGGCGCCGUUAACGGUAACGGACCUAAUGGAUCGGUUCCGAAGGCGCCAGCACCCUCGCUUCCUGGCCUACCUGUCGGCCUGCUCGACCGGCAGCAACCGAGACCCGGACCUGGCCGACGAGAGCCUGCACCUGAUGAGCGCCUGCCAGCUCGUCGGCUUCCAGCACGUCGUCGGCUCGCUUUGGGAGGUCUCGGACGGCCACUGCGUCGACAUCGCCCGCGGCGUCUACGCCUCGCUCGCCCGCGGCGGGCUCGCGUCCCCGGAUGACGGCGUCGUGGCGCGCGGCCUCCGCGACGCAGUGGCCGCCGGCCCCGGCAGGGACGGCCACCCCAUCGCGGCCGCAGAGGCCGCCGGCGAGCACGCCAGGCCCUGGCGCUGCACCGAUCCCAGGCUGUGGGCCGCUUAUAUCCACAUGGGUGUCUAAGGUCUACUACGCGCUGUUGUGGCGUGACGCCUUGGGAGUCGCUGAGCCACUGUGGCGACUGACCGGAUGGGGGAUUCUUGGCAGUAGGGGGCUUGUAUCUGGCUGCACCUUUCCACUCACCAAUAUCACCUAAUUACCCUCAUAAACCAAAGGGGACUGGGUCAGAUCUAACGAGUAGCUGAGAGCCACCGGAAGACUUGGCGGCGUCCAGCUCUGGCUUGCAAUCCUCCAUAUCGUUAUGCGUAAAGAUCUGGAAACUGUUCAGCAACUUGCAGUACAGGUUCUCGUGGAUGUCAACCGCUCCGUCCACGAACCGGGUUUUUUAUGUGCCGCCGCAGGAAGUUUUCGAAAAACCCAAGCGCGCGAUUAUAGCGUGAGUUUUUUCUACGGUAUUCGGGCGUCCAAAAAGCUCGUGAAUCCAGCUGAAUAGAAUGGAAACGCCAGCUUUCUAGCCCCCGCCGCCGCGAUUGAGAUUACCGCCGGCGGUGAUAUGGUUUGUGUCGUGUGGGCCGGCAAAGUUGGUAAGGAGGACCUCUGGCUACUCCCGGGGAAGUUCACUCGGCCAGGAUCACCUUUUUUCCACCGAACACCCCCCCAAAAAAAAGAAGAAAAAAACUACCAGGGCCUUUCGAAAAGGCCUUGUACCAUUUUCCUCGAAAGUUUCCAGAGGCGUUUCCAUGCAGUUUCGGGGAAACCCCAAGUUUUCGAAACGCUCGUAUCCCGAAAUAAUCUUCGUUAUAUCCCAAACGACCAAAUAAGCAUCCAAAUGGCUUUUGGCUUCCCCUAACAAUUUCACAGGGCAAAGCAAAUAAUUACGAGCCUGGUAGCAAAAGGCCUAGCCGUAAUCACGUCGGAAUCCCUCUUCCAUUGCGUCCCUUGAUCCAGAGUCGGACAGGAUGCCGCGGAGGAAACAGUCGCCAACAGGGCCGAAGACGACCUUUCCCGUCUCGGAGGUUGCUUGAAUCCUGCAGAUGGAAAAUCGCUCCAGGAAAACCCCUUAACUCUCG